GUUUUGUUUUAAGCUUGCUAGCAGGGGUAAUGGCGUUGCUAAGGGCAACGAUCUCUGUACUCUGUUAUUUGUUCACAGUAAAUCAUUAGUAGCUUACCAAUAAAACUAUAAAUAAACCAAUUCAAAGGGCUUUUCGUGUCGUGAUUUAUCAGUGUAUUUAUUGAUUUAUUUUGGUAUGUAAAUAUCUUUGAAAGGUUUAGUGUUGCGCGAUUCCCAGGCAGAGUUAGUGACGUUAAUGCACUUUGUUGUGUUUGUUUACGAGUCUUUAUUUUUCUUGUUUGCUUUGGACGGAUCGAGAGGCUGGCGAGCAGUGGAAAAAAAGAUUAUUCUGUCUUUCUGACAACUAAAAAGCAGUUCUGCUUUCUGUAAAAGGGAGGGGAAGAAAAGCAUCUCAGUAAUGGAAGGUGGCAAGGUGGGAACCCCCUCUUCUCCAGUCUCACAGAGCCCCCCUCCUGGAAAGCCUGGGUCCGUGGUUCUCCCCCCGGCCCCCUCUCCUCCUGCCCCGAGCGCGGAGCCCAGCGGGACCCCCCCUCAGACCGGAGCCAUGAAGGAGCGCAGGACCUCCGCAGAGCUGCGACGAGGCACAGAGGUCCCCCGCUCUCUCUCCAGUCCGGAGCUGUUGUCCGAGUUGAAGACUGGGAAGCAGCUGAGGCGCAUUCCCAGGAGCAGCGGGUUGACCACUGUGUUCUCCGGACGAGGCAGAGCGGGCCAUCGCCUGAGCUCAGAGUAACUGUGAUUGGCCGGCACGGACAGCCAAUAAGAACACUGCUCCACGCUGCCACACCGCCAAUCAGCGACCCCUCUGUGAACUGUGACCUCCUGAUUCGGGGGUGCGAGAGGCCAGCCACAGCCCGUGCCAACUACCAGCAAUGCCACUCUACCUCAUACACCCUGCCCGCAGCCUGAUCCACGUAUGCUGUGAAUUACUGCGCCAUGCUGGAUCCUGGGGCGGGCAGAAGCGACUUUACAGCUGCCCGCAAUCUCUUUGUAAAUAAACAGUCGACUGCCGUGCUGAGACCAGAAUCACUCCAGUUAACUGAGGAACUGCACUUCAAGAAAUAAAGCUAGGGAGACAGGGAUUGAGGGAAGACUCCAGUUGCACAGCGGUGUCACCCAUUCCAGGUUUUACUACCAGCUUGGUUAGCCCACAGUGUGUAGAGGUUACAGGUCUAGGUGGGGUCUUAUUAUUAAACUCACAGUGAACGAUCAGGAAUGGACCCAAGUCUCUCAACAAAUCCAAAGCAAUGUUAAAAGCAGCUGUUAACCCUCUGGCGCUACUGCAGCUUGUCAGAUUAAUGAGUUGCCAGCCUUCGACCUUUCCACUCCAGAUAGAGCAGAUUGCUGACAGCAGUAAAAGUGCUUAAAGGAACGUUUUACUUUUCCAGUCAAAGUGGCAUGUCUCUGCUUCUAGUAUUCAGACUCGCAUCUUCCCUCCCUCCCUCCUCAGCUCCACUAGAGCCACACUGCUUCCCUCCCUCCCAGUCCCUCAUCAGCUCCACUA